GUAAGACCACAUAUCCAGAUUCGGAUCAAGAUCCGUACUCCGCCGCCACUAUAUAUCAUCUUGCCACAAUCAACCUAUCAUCUCUUCUGCGCACUUAGUGUUCAUCAUCGUGCACAAUGGGUGUCACCAUCGAAAGGAUAACACCUGGCGAUGGCAAGACCUUUCCAAAGAAAGGGGAUAAAGUGAAGAUACAUUACGUGGGAACUCUCUUGAACGGCAACGUGUUCGACUCGAGUCGAGAUCGCGGAUUGCCUUUCGAAACAGAUAUUGGUGUUGGGAAGGUGAUCAAAGGGUGGGAUGAAGGUGUCCCUCAACUAUCGCUAGGAGAGAAGGCGUUUCUGAUCGCUACACCUGAUUAUGCAUACGGUGCAAGGGGCUUCCCACCCGUCAUUCCGCCAAACGCUACGCUCAAGUUUGAAGUUGAGCUACUGAAGAUCAACUAGGUCUAUCUCAUUUUUCGUUAGACGGGUCGCGUCUACUUGUUUGUACGUUGUACGAUGGCCAUGGAUUGUCUUCUAGUAGCAACCCGUGAUUACCCCCCACUUCGUUCGGCCUUCUACGUCAAUUGUAUGUUGUCUCAUGUCCUCACGAAGACUUGCUUGAAAUCC